AUGCAGUUCAAGAUCGUUGCCGUUGCCUUCUUCGCCAGCCUUGUUGCUGCCCAGGACCUCUCUGAACUCCCCGACUGCGCCGAGCCCUGCUUCGUCGACAACUUCCCCAUCUCCGGUUGCGCCUCUCAGACUGACUUCGCUUGCAUCUGCGCCUCUUCUGCCUACAACUCGGCCGUCACUAGCUGUGUCCUUGGCGCUUGCGGGUCUGCCGAUGUCCUUGCUGCCCUCAACUGGGCUACCACGACCUGCAACUCCGUUGGAGUGCCCAUUGAACUCUGA